GCGAGAGAGAAGGGGAGAGAGAACGCAGCUCCGUCUCUCGUUGGGUCUCUGCCGUUGCUCUACUGUUGACUCGAUUAUCAGGUAGAAAAAAAGGGGGGAAAUGAUGGGUUUUGGGUCUUUUGGUAAUGGAGGAUCUUCUUCAUCAUCUUCCAAUUUGUCGGCUUUAGCCCCGCCUUUUACGGUUGAUCGACCAGUUUCCAAACCCCUUUCAAACCCACUUGUGAAUUUCACGGAAUCAACUUAUGCUGCUCCCUUCAAUUCAUCUCUGCACAAUUGGGUUCAUCCUCAGUCUCCCGUCUCCAGACCUGAUUACUUUUCCAAUCCCAAUUCAGCGGUUGAUUCGGUCCAGGCCACUGGUGUACCGCCUUCUAAUGCUUAUAGAUACACCGUCUCUCAGCCUGUCAAUUCCCCGGUUGUCCAUUUGCCUCCUUUGAGCCAUAUUGUGUCUGGGAUAGCCCAUUUGCCUCCUUUGAGCCCUAUUGUGUCUGCUGGAACUGAUGUGUUCUCGUUCGGUCAAUGCUCAGACCGCAUGAAGACUAGUCUUGUUGAAGCCAAACCGUAUUAUCCCCCAUACGUCGCUCCUGCAAUUGAGGACAAUAGUCCCUUGGUGGUCCUUAAUGAACCUAAUUAUGAUUUGUUAUCUACUUCCCAUGCUGCUCACUUGAAUGGAUCGUCCUCCCUAGAUGAUUACACUCAAAGUAUGUCUGGUUUGGAGUACCCCUCUCGGUGGUGUGGCUUUUGGAAUGGAUUGGCAGAUAUUGAGCAGGGUAAAAAAGUGGAACUUGAUGAGAGCCUUUGCUCAAAGGAGUCAAAUUUUGUGGGUUCAUCCAUUUACAGGAGUUAUAUCAAUCAAGGAGAUCCUACUGCUGAGGGUGUGAGCAAUGGUGAAGAAGGUUCUGUACUUUCAGAUAGAAAAUAUGUUGAUAUUCUGGGAAGGGACAAUUGUGUUGGAUCUCUCAGCCCAGAUCAUUUCAAUAAUAAGUCCUUCUAUGAACCAAAAGCAAAUCCCAUGGUUGUUUCUCUUGACUUUCCAAGAACAUCGUUCCUGGGAUCUACUUCAGUACUUCCUGAAACUCCUCAUCCUCGGGCCCCAUCUCUGGAACCAGCAACAAAUUCUUGGAAUUAUCGGAAGCCACAAAGUGCUUUAUAUGAAAAAUGCUUCAGAAAAAUUGAUUCUUGUGUAGAUGAUCCAGUAUCAAAGGUAAAAUCUUCCCCUGCAAUUGUAAUUAGGCCACCAGUCAAUAGCCCCAGUUCUUUGGGAGUAAAUUCAUUUUCAUCGAGGAACAUGAUUUGUACUGAUAACAGUGAGAAUGUUUCUGGUCAUCAUCUCUCUAACACGGAGGAACCUCACAUCCCUGUGAUUUCUGAAGGCAGAGAACUUUAUUCAGAUACAAGCCAACUCAAUGGUCACUGGCAAAGAAAUGAUCACCUCUCUGUGGAAUCAUCCUCUACUAAAAGGCAUGAGCUCUUAAACAACGAGAUGGGUGUGAAGGAGACAGAUAAUUUGUUGAGAGCAAGAUCUGAGCUUCAAAUUCCUCAUUUGAAUGUGGAAGAUGGCUUCAGUUUUUCACCCAAUAGUAUUGAAGCUGUCAAUUCAAUAGACAAUACUUCUGAGACUUUUGAUCAUUAUAAUCCCGCUGUGGAUUCACCCUGCUGGAAAGGAUCGAUAACUUCCCAUUUUUCUCCAUUUGAAGUUUCUGAAGCGCUGAGUCCCCAUAAUCUUAUGGAGCAGUUCGAAGCAUUAGAUGGUUUCAACCUUCAAGGGCAUCAUAUUUUCCCCCUCAAUAGUGAUGAUGCUGUAAAUGUCUCCUCUCUGAAGCCAAAUGAAAACACUGAGUACCAUAAAAAUGUGUGUGGAGAAAAUGGUUUAUUACCUUCUCGGAAAAGGCCAUCUGUUGUUAAUCACCCAUCAAGAGAACAGAGAUCACUUGAUGCCUUUAAAACAGGACCUUAUUGUCAGAAACUGAGCAGUGGUGAUGGGAAUCAGUCUUCUAAUGACAUCAUUCAACCAAAAAGAGAUCAUUCACUGCUUAACAGUUCAAAAAGUGAUAACCUUGAACUUUCUCAUACCAUGCGACAAAGUUUUGAGGAAGUGAAGUUUACAUCUGAAAGAAAGCUUUCAUCAGGGGUUGGUGUUGAAGUCACCGGGAAUAAUAUCAAUGAUGUUUCUGGAGAUGGGUCAUCUCAUGAGACAUAUCAUCUAACAGAAAAUAUCUCUUGUUCACCUUUGUCUGGAGAUGAUGCUUCUACCAAGCUUACUAAACAACAUGCAUCAGAAUCAACCCCAAAAAUUGAUGUUCACAUGCUUAUCAACACAGUGCAGGACCUAUCAGUCUUGCUUUUAUCACAUUGUUCUGACAAUGCAUUCUCAUUGAAUGAACAAGACCAUGAGACCCUUAAGCGCGUGAUUGACAAUUUUGAUGCAUGUUUGACAAAGAAAGGUCAAAAAAUUGCUGAGCAAGGCAGUUCUCAUUUUCUUGGAGAGUUACCUGACCUUAACAAGAGUGCCAGUGCUAGUUGGCCCUUGGGGAAAAAGAUGGCAGAUGCAAAUGUUGAGGAUCAGUUUCACUGUCAGAGUGACCACAAGGGUAAAAGGCAUUGCUCUGUAUCUGGUAACAAAGAUGAGAAACUUUCAGAUUUUGUUUCAUUAGUCAAUGAUGAAGACACAGUAAAUGAUGAUAGCACAAUCCAGGCUAUAAGAAAGAUUCUUGAUAAGAAUUUUCAUGAUGAGGAAGAAACAGACCCUCAAGCUCUCUUGUAUAGGAAUCUAUGGCUUGAGGCUGAAGCUGCAUUAUGUUCUAUUAGUUACAGAGCUCGCUUUGACCGCAUGAAGAUUGAAAUGGAGAAAUUCAAGUUGCACAAAACAGAAGAUUUGUUGAAAAACACUAGAGAUGUAGAGAAGCAGUCAAGCUCCAAGGUUUCUUCUGAUCUAAGUAUGGUUGACAAAUUUGAGCGUGAGGCUCAAGAGAACCCUGUGCCAGAUAUCACCAUCGAGGAUUCCCCUAAUGUUACCACAAUGAGCCACGCAGCUGAUGUUGUUGACAGAUUUCAUAUCCUGAAACGUCGGUAUGAGAACUCAGACUCCUUGAAUAGUAAAGAUGUGGGGAAACAAUCAAGCUGCAAAGUUUCUCAUGAUAUGAAUUCUGAUGAUAACUUGGCACAUGCGGCUAAGGAUGACCAUUCCCCUAAUAUAAGCACAAGCACCCACUCGGAUGAUGUUAUGGCCAGAUUUCGUAUCCUAAAAUGUCGUGCUGACAAAUCCAACCCCAUGAAUGCUGAAAGACAACAGCCACCUGAAGAAGUGGAUCUAGAAUUUGCAGGUAAGGGAAGCCAUUGGAUGUUUAUUAAAGACAGAGUGGAGGAUGUCACUUUGGGACCUGACUUGCAGGUUCACAUUGCCAACCAUACUAAAGAUAGAUUUGACUCAUAUUUAGAUGAUUUCGACUGUGAAAUUGUGAAGGAGUUCCAUGAACAUGUCAUGGAUGAUCCAGUGAUCCAACUGCCAAGGUCCAACAGGCUUCAGAAUCAGCUUCCUGCAGGGUUUAGUGAAGGCUCUUCUGCAGAUUGGGAACAUGUGCUGAAGGAGGAGCUUCCCGGAGGGAACUGAUGAACCUCACUUUGGUACCUGAAGGUUCCUCAGAUAAGAAAUUUUCCUUUUUGCUACCAUUCCUCCUUCCCCAAAGACACUUAUAUGUAUAUAUGUUAUGACCGGCACAUUGUGGUUGAUAACUCUAUUAAGAGUCUGGCUUUUGCCAAACUUGUAAAAUGCUUUUUAACUUAAAAACUUUCAAAACUUAUGGUUUACUUUGCUUGUCAA